AUGGAUCCGGCCCCCGAUCCGCCCGCCGCCGACGAGGCCCUGGCGGCGCUGUCCCUCCGCGGCGCCGACCUGCCGGCGGACUUCGCCUCCGCCGGCGGCGGCCACGAGAUCGCCGAGGAGGAGGACGAGGACGACGAGGGGUACGUGACGGCCGCGUCCAGGGGCGGGAGCAGCACGGCCGCGUCCCGGCGGAGGGAGGAGUUCGAGGGGCUCGAGGAGGAGGAGGAGGACGCCUACGGCGACGCCGGCCCGCCCAGCCCCAGCAGCAGCGGCUACGCCGGCGAGCGGGGCAGCAGCGUCGCCUCCAGCGCCGGCGCCGGCGGCGGCAUCGAGGAGGCCGAGCCCGACCCCGCCCCACCCCUCGCCCCCGGCGCCGAGGACUGGGCCCGCGGCAAGAAGCACGCCGACGAGGUCCUUCUCCUCUUCUUGUUUCUUGAGCUACUUCAAUCAUCUAAUCAUGGAUUAGAUGAUGGUUCAGCUUCAUGGAGGAAGAGAAAGAAGCAUUUCUUCAUUCUAAGCAACUCCGGCAAGCCGAUAUACUCUAGGUAUGGAGAUGAGCACAGGUUAGCUGGGUUUUCUGCUACACUGCAAGCGAUUGUUUCUUUUGUGGAGAACAGUGGUGAUCAUAUCAAAUUUGUGAGAGCUGGAAAGCAUCAGAUAGUUUUCCUUGUCAAAGGUCCCAUAUAUUUAGUUUGUAUAAGUUGCACUGAAGAGACGUUUGAAGGAUUGAGGGGCCAACUAGAGCUCAUGUAUGGUCAGAUGUUGCUUAUAUUGACAAAGUCGGUCAAUAGGUGCUUUGAGAAGAAUCCUAAAUUUGACAUGGCACCACUUCUAGGUGGCACAGAUGCGGUUUUCCUAUGUCUUAUACGCGCAUUCAGCUGGAAUCCUGCUACAUUUCUUCAUGCAUACACAUGCCUUCCCCUUGCCCAAUCAACAAGACAGGCUGCUAGCGCAGUUUUGCAGGACAUUGCUGAUUCGGGAGUUCUGUUUGCACUGUUGAUGUGUGAUCACAAGGUUAUUAGUCUUGUGGGAGCACAAAAGGCAACUUUGCAUCCUGAUGAUAUAUUACUACUUGCAAAUUUCAUAUUGUCCUCCGAAUCUUUUAGGACUUCGGAGUCUUUUUCACCCAUAUGCUUGCCAAGAUACAAUCCUAUGGCCUUCCUAUACGCUUAUGUUCAUUUUUUUGAUGAAAAUACUUACUUGACUCUUCUUACUCCGAGAUCAGAUGCCUUCUUUGAUUUGAAAGAUUCAAGGGCCCGCAUUCAGGAUGUUCUAUUGAAAUCAAAUGUCCUUCUCGAAGUCCAAAGGUCUUUACAUGAGAAUGUUCUGCGUGUUGAAGAUGUCCCCAUUGAUCCUACUUCUCAAUCUACAUCAGCUCCUGCACAGUCUUCUCAAGGCCUAAAUUCCCAACCAUUGUCUUCUGAUGAGGCAAUUGGUGGACCAGCUGGACUUUGGCAUUUUAUAUACAAAAGUGUCUACCUUGACCAGUAUGUAUCGUCUGAGUUUGCCUUGCCCAUAAGAAAUCCCAAGCAACAGAAGAGAUUGUACAAGGCUUAUCAAAAGGUUUAUGCUUCCAUGCAUGAUAAAGCAACUGGUCCGCACAAAACUCAAUUCAGAAGAACUGAGGAUUAUGUUAUGUUGAGCUGGAUAACCCAGGAUUUUGAGCUGUAUGCAGCCUUCAGCCCACUGGCCGACAAGACCCAAGCGAUCAAGAUAUGCAACAGAGUAUGCCAGUGGAUCAGGGAUUUAGAGGACAGAGUGUUCAUAUACGGAGAAAGCACCAUUGCCUGGUGA